AUGAGUGCCGCAGAUACUGCUCUCCUCACAGAGCACCUCACAUACAGACCAAUUGCUGUUAUCGAUGACAUAAUUAAUAGUAUCAAUCUCCUCGCAUUCCGCGCCAUCGAUGCGCUCGAAAAGGGUCUUCUUGCCGCUCCUCCCGCCUCAAUUGGCUUCACACCCACUUCCGCCCUCUCCGCCGACGACGUAGCAGCACAAUGUCAACACGAAAUCGAAUAUGGAGUCUAUAAGCUGGAAACUUUGCUCAAUGCGAAGAUUGAUAAAAAUUUCGACAAGAUGGAGAUUUAUUUGCUGAGGAACGUCUUUGCGGUACCGGCGGAUGUUAGAGAUUGGAUUAGGCUGAGCCAUUAUGAAGGGUUGGAUUUUAGGGCGGUGGAGGAAAACGGGGCGGGUGCGAAUGGGGCGCCGACGUUGGAAACAGUUACAUUGCAGAGGAAAAGGCUAAGGGAGACAAUGAAGUUAAAUGCGGUAUUGAGAGCAGAGAAAGAGAGGAACGAGAAAACUAUUGCGGCAUUAAAAGGGGUUAUAUCUUCGACACCAAGUCCGGCGAAGAAAAUUGUCAAGGCUGAGGACGGUACUGAAAUGGAAAUUGAUGCAGAAGAUGAUGGACGAGCCUCACUGGCAUUCUUACAGAAGAAGGGAGAUUUAACAAAGGAUGGAAAGCAUCCUAUUGCGACAACGACUGAAUUCGCGUUAACGCAACUACCUGCGCUCAGACAGUUACUGGACAAUCUAGGACCGAGGUUGAAGGAGUUGUCGGAAGGAAAUGGCAUGGAUGGGAUGGUGGGAGAACAAGAGAAGAGUUGGAGAAGGGAGAGGUUAGAGUUUAUUGAGAAAGAGACAAGGCGGCAUUUCGAAAAUGUUAGAGGCUUAGAGCUAGGCUCGCAAGGGGAAGUGAGAGAUGGGGAAUGGCAAGGCGAGGGGAGGAAACUUGGGAAUGGCGAGGUGGAAGAUUUAGAAAGAGUUGUGAGAAUGGUUGAAAGCCACGCUGCGCCGCCAGCAGAUGGAGAUGCGAUGGAUGAGGGGACCUGA